AUGGCUACCCGAGUCCUGGAGACUUGCUUUGACCGCUUGUCGGUCAACGAUGAGAACAACACGGGCGAGACUGGACGGCUCUACCAAAAAACAAAAGCGACGGCAACUACAACACAGCUGCCCCAUAGCUCUGCUCGCCCCAACCUCCUCAAAGUAGCGCUGCAGACACAGCAUGCCAACACCGUCACCGCCACAGUCAACCUCCCAUCACAAGCCGCGCAACGGAAGGGUGCUGCACCUCCAAUCAACCCAGCCUCGCCUAAGAAAGACAAGGUCACAUCGCAACCCAGCUCCCGGCCGUCUGAGGAAGAUGGUCUUGAGCAGCGGACUUCAUCCUCGUCAUCGUCUUCCUUCAACGACCAGCCACUAGUACCUAAGCAGUUCCAUCUUGGCAUGUUCGAAAUCGGGCGGCCGCUUGGCAAGGGAAAAUUCGGUCGCGUGUACCUAGCGCGGGAGCGCACGACAGGCUUCAUCUGCGCGCUCAAGGUGCUGUACAAGUCUGAGCUUCAACAGGGGACAGGCGUUGAGAAGCAAGUCCGUCGUGAAAUUGAAAUCCAAAGCAAUCUGCGCCACCCCAACAUCCUCAAGCUCUACGGACAUUUCCACGACAGCAAGCGCAUCUUCCUGAUCCUCGAGUUCGCGGGCAAGGGUGAAUUGUACAAGCACCUCCGGCGCGAGGGCCGGUUUCCGGAAUGGAAGGCGGCGCAGUACAUUGCGCAGAUGGCCGCAGCACUGAAAUAUCUCCACCGCAAACACGUCAUCCACCGGGACAUCAAGCCGGAGAACAUUCUCGUCGGCAUCCACGGCGAGAUCAAGAUCUCGGACUUUGGCUGGAGCGUUCACGCCCCCAACAACCGUCGCAACACCCUCUGUGGCACCCUUGACUACCUGCCGCCUGAGAUGAUUAAGUCGGGUAGCAAGGACAACUGGUACAACGAGAAGGUUGACCUGUGGAGUCUCGGCGUGCUCAUGUAUGAGUUCCUCGUCGGCGAGGCGCCUUUUGAGGACACCCCCAUCAUGACGCAUAAGCGUAUUGCACGGGCUGAUAUGACCAUCCCGGAAUGGGUGAGCAAGGACGCCAAGGAUUUGAUCAAGAAGCUUUUGGUUCUUGACCCUGAGAAGCGCCUGCCACUUGAGGAAGUCCAGAACCACCCCUGGAUCAUCAAACACUGCGUCAAGGGCGAGCGGGCGGCUAACCGGGAGAAGCCCGUAAAAUGA